AUGUCCACCACCCAAGCCCCAUUCUCACGUCGCCAGCCCUCCCUUCCGGGCCACUUCUUCUGCAAGAGAUGCCGUCGCUACUAUGAAGAGAAGGAUGGCAGCAAGGCCGUGCACCGGCGCACAUUCCAUCAGGCCACUCUUCGUGCAGCAUACCACUCGGAAGAGCAAUCCUACACCUUCGAACGAGGUGCCGACGGCCUCCUUUCGUGCGCUCGGUGUUCUUUCCAGCACCACGAUCCUCGGGCUCUAUGGCGUCAUGUUACUGGUGAAAGAGUGUGCCCGCAGACUUGGGGCUUGGAUCUCCAGCCAUCCUUAGCUCAAGAGCUCGACGCAAGUGCUUCAGAGUCUCUAGGCCAAACGGAUGUUAACGAUGAGGAGGUGGGACUGGAAGGUGUGCGGGUAGCAGAGGAAGUGGAGGCGGGGGUGGAUAAGGAGGUCGACUGCGGCUACGCCUAUCGCCAGCCUAUCCCAUCCCCGAUACCGUUGGCAGGCGAUGUGCCCGCUACUCCCGAAGUGACAAUGGCCUGGUCGGCUUCAUCAGGCGUGAGCCCUCUCCAUUCGCCCAAUCCAGCCGACCAUCCGCCCAUUCCAGUGGCUCCGGAGACUAUCCAACUCACCCAAUCACCAGCCAGCGUCCCUCCUGUCGAGGAGUCCUCGUCGGCACCCUUUCAGUCGCUCGAGGAUUGGCCUCAGUUUGAUCACACGCAGUACGACAUACCUCUUGGCCCAGAUACUGUAACUCACGACGACGAUGUUGACUUCGAGCGGUACAACAUCACCAUCAACAAAACCCUCAGACUCCUGGUCUGCAUCUCGUGUAGCAAGGCUAUAGGGCCCGCUCGUCUACGGCGUCAUAUCCUGGACAAGUGGCCGCACCUCGAGGUCCCUGACGACAUCGGCAAGAAGCUCCAGGACAAGUACGGCCUCGCGGGCGCAGACGACUGGUCUUUCCCUACAGCUCGAAUCCCGCCCGUUUACGGCCUGGCUGUUCUUCCCGAUCCCUACCUCUUCUGCAACCAGUGUCACCAUGGCUACUCGAGUCUUUCAUCGCUUGAGACGCAUCAUUACAAGCGCACCUGUGAACGUCCGCCGGGGCAUUUGCCGGGCUCUUUCAUUGGGUACGGACAGACAGCUGGUUUCGAUCCGCGGGUUGUCUUUCCCGUUGACGUUUCCCUCCUUGCACCGCGCGUUCGUCAACUCGGUUUUACGACUAAGCUCUUCGACGUUCUCCCAAGGCCCGACUACUCGCAUCUUCCCAUCUCCAAGCCAGUCAACUCUUGCAAUAUCGACCUCCUCUUCAAAAACGAGGACUUUUAUUCGCUUGUUGGGACCCUUACUCCGGAACAAGUCAAUCAGUCCGUUGAUUGCACCCCCCACACUGUCGAGGAUAAGCUCAUAUCGACGCACCUCGAUGUCGUAUCUCGCGCAUACUGCAAAUCCAUCCAGGCCGCCAUCACCAAAUCUCCUGCCGGACUUCGUAAACUCAUGGCGCAGCUCGGACCUGAAUCAUCUCGCGAGGAGCUGAGGCCACUCGAGGAUAACUCGCUGAAUCAAUACUCCGCCGUGAUCGCGAAUAUAAUCAACACGAUGCUCCGCGCUUACGCCAGCGACACACAGCCUCUGAAGUUCCCUCUCAACGAAGCACAGCGCCAUGCCCUGGCAGGCUUGCGCGUUCUUCUCAUGCGUGCCGAGCUUCCCGCCAACAACCUAGUCGACAUUUACUUCCAUCGAGCAUGCUUUGCUCUGUUUGCUGACGAGAAAUCGCACGGAGGACUCGAUAACUGGGCCAACGACAUCACACGCAUAUGCGCAAAGCUACAAUGGCUAAACCGGGGCGUCAUGUUGACGGAAAUGAAUCUUCGCAUGCCAGAGCGUCUCAUGUCAUCUGCGCAAGCUUAUCACGAGGUACAAAAGUAUCUGGUGGCCAACGGCGACACUCCAUGCUCCUUCAUCUACGAAGUUCACCACACGGUGAAGAAGAUUCGAGACGAGUACAACGACGCUGACGUGCAGAUGGAGAACGAAUCGCACACCCGGCUCAUAUUCGAUGGCCAUCGCAUCGAUCUGCACCAGUUCAAGACGCUCGCAGAUGCACUCGCUCGACGUCACGCAGACAUAUUGGGCGAAAAUAUCUUCUUUGGCAAAGGCGUCGAUCCCUCUUGCUUCCCACCCUUCGAAAUCGAGGAUUUGAUCGACAAGCCCCACAACUUUGCCCCCGGAUUCUGUUUCCUCGACAUCCCCUCCAAUGGGUUUGAGGAUUGGGCCAAGCUGUACCCCCGCUGGCUUUUGUCACACCCCGACCUCGCUGAACGAUUCACGUACGUACUCAAUGGCGAACACCGGUGGAAACUCCUGGCGGUCCGGCAGCUGCUUGAAAGCUUCGAAGAGCUACGCCUUGUACUUGCAAUCCGCUGCAUUGUUUCAUGUGGACCCUCCGUCCGUGCAGCCGAAUUCGCGCGUCAAUCCCUUCGCAACCUCCCUGGUGGCGCAGCACGCAAUGUCGUCCUGCUCUAUCGUACACUCUGUCUGUUGGCUGUGCUGGAGAAGACGAGCAUGCAGUUUUCUCGGAAACACUGCACCCCUCACUGCCCGGUCAAAUCCGUAUCGAAGGACAUCAUAUGGAAUCUAGCUGUAUUCCGCCCGUUCGAGCAGUUCCUCAUAUCACGCUUCAAGGGUCACGUCGACGCCGAACGAUACUACACUUCCAUGUGGCCUGGGAUCGACUGCGACUUCACCAGCCAGCUUAUCAGUACAACGCUUGGCCACUGGACCGAGCAGGUGUUGGGUGUCAGAUUGCAGAUCAUCGACUAUCGCAAGAUCGUCAGCACGUUCUGCCGGUACAUCGUCGACCCCUUCUUGUACAAGAGUAUCGAAGAUUCUCUUUUCGACGAGCUCCAGAAUCACACGACGGGCAUGAGCUACAUGCGGUACGGCGUCGAGAAGCAGACACUCGCGUCCAGCGAUCCGCGGAAGGUGGUUGGGUGCAUAAAAGCUUGCAGGGCGUGGGGUACAGCAACGGGAAUAGACGGUGGGGAUCCCAUCCAACUGGAACUCCCGCCCAAUCUGGAGAACCAAACGGUUCUAUUGCCGCACACUGCCGGCGCAGGCUCCGGUGAAACUCUGUCGACUCUUAGCCUCGAAACUAUCAAACGCGCCGUCUCAGACACGCUUCGCUCUGAGGAGUUGAUCAAGCGUGAAUCACUCGAAGCGCCGCUGACGCAAAUCAUCGCCUCGCUUGCGGCUCUGUACUUUCCAAAGGCGCCGCAACCUCCUGCGCAUCAGCUUCAGCCGAUCUCCUCCAUCAUCGUCCAUCCCUCUCGUCGAAACGCGUUGCGUGAAUUCCGCGGAGACGAUAAUGCCACCUGGACGUGCCCACAACAGGGCGAGCUGCUUGAACGAAUGCGGGACAAACAGCAGCAUAUCCUCGCCAUCCUUGCCUGCAACUCCGGCAAAACAGCGACCGUUCUUAUGCAAGCAAAAGUCUUCGAUAGAGGAUCAACUACGAUUUUUGUUCUGCCCGUCAGUGGGUUACAUCAGGAUCUCCAUCGACGAGCUACGCAGGCACGACUCAGCGUUGCUCGGUGGCAACGCGAUCACGCCAGUUUCAACGUAGACUUUGAUGUACUGUAUGUAUCCGUGGAAGACAUUCGUGACGAGUUUAUCAAGCACGUAUACUCCUUCGCCAAAGGGUUGGCUCUCACACGUUCUCUCGGCAGUCUCGUUGUGGACGAAGCACACAUGGGCCUCACGGAUGCCAAUUACCGCGAGCCCAUCCGACGGCUCAUCAGACUGGCGACGGAGAUCGAUGCUCAUAUCACUCUCUUGAGUGGAUCCAUAGGACCUCAGCACGAACAGCCGCUACUCGACAUGUAUCAGCUCAAGAACGUGGAGGUCAUCCGCAUGCCUUCAUGGCGCUCAAACAUCCAGUACCUCGUUUCCCUUCACGCACCAAAAACAGACGAAACGGGAUGCAAAGUCGACACCUACGUCGAAGCGGCGGUCACAUAUAUCAAGUGGCGACUCCUUGAUGUUGCGGGCACCACCUACCGCAUGAUUGUCUACUGUCGGAGUGUCAGAGUCGCGCAGCAAGCCGCCAAGUUACUCGGCGUAGUGGCAUAUCACGCUGGGGUUGAGAUGGACGUGCGCCGUAGGGUAUUCAAGGACUGGUUAUCCGGCGUCAAUCAAGUGAUCGUUUCUACGUCCAUUCUGGGUGUGGGGAUCGAUACCAUCGUCCGCGAAGUCAUACAACUCGACGUGGCACACACAGUCCUCGAUUCGCAUCAACAAGCAAACCGUGCAGGACGCGACAAUCAACCCGCCCGAGCUAUCGUAUUCGCUUCUUCGAAACGCGAACCAACCGCUGGCGAUGACCACAAGGCCUUCCUUGGCAGCGUACACCUUGUUCCCUGGCUAUUCCACUUUGUCUGCCGCCGCCUCCUAUUCGCUCUCUUCCUCGAUGGUGUCGGCGUGACAUGCGGCGUUAUUCCUCGUGCGGAAUAUUGUGACGUAUGCUAUCUUCACUCUCGACAACCAGCUCCCAGGAUUGCUCCCCCAAUGCCCACCGCGUCCAGUCCAGAGGAGCUAGCCGCGCUGUUGCCCGUUCAAGUCACAGCUGAUGCUCGACGAAAAGCUAUUCUCCGUGCCGCCGAUACCAAGCGUCUGCUCUACCGCAGUGCCAAACGUUCGACUGCACCCUCGAACACAUCGUCUAUAGAAGAAAUUGGCCACCUCGAACAAGACCCACCACCUCGUCCGCGCAAGAUUCCACGCCUCGAGCCACGACUUGAUCGUCAUGAGCCCGUGUCUUGUCUCAUGUCGAAUGAUAUGCCUGCAUCCUUGCCGCAGCCACCGCCGCCUUUCAUGCCCCAUCCCUUGCAUCUCCCACCGCUUCCGCCUUAUUUCGGCCCGCCGCUACCUCCGCCAUAUCCAUUCGCACCACCGCUGCCUUUCUUCCACAUGCAGCCCUCUUUCUUCCCUCAGCCGCAUCAGCACUACUUUUCACAACCGCCCGCGUCACACCCUGCUGUCUACGCAAAUCACCCCACGCAGCACUCAUCGACACAUGCUCGCUCGCACGACCGCCCGUCUAUAAAUUCAUCCUCUCAUACUAGACGCGAUAGCGCCUUGUUUCGUGGCUACGACAACCCGCCUUUGCCGCAGUCUCAGCCCGCUAGGACUCAGGUGCUUCAGCCAGCCCAGCCACCUGGCAUAUCUGUCCUAAUUGCGCGGAACGAGCACUCCCUUCACCAGAAGGAAUGCAUCCGAGUCUUACAAGACGUCAAUGCCGGCCUCAGAACUAUGCUCCGCAAGCAGGGUUGCGCCGUCUGUCUCGUUCGCCAGCGUAUUGACUGGGAUACACACUCCCUACGUGAAUGUCAAGCUAACGUCGGGACAUCAAACGACGAGCGCUAUCAGCAGUGGAAGGGUUCCGGAUUGAAGUUGCCUGACGGUUGGUGCUUCCACUGCUUGCGGCCUCAGGGCAAGAUCGGGUCCUUUGAGAGUCACGAAUGGGUGGAGGAUAUGGCCUCUCCCUGUGCGCACGCCGGUGUCAUCAAGGCAUCGCUUUACGCAUUUCUUUCCUCAUCAGACGGGGCGCUGAGUCUCUCAUCGCUCGCAAUGUCCAGCCCUUUGGCCCCCUCCAGUUUGCACAGCGACGAAGAUACGGACGCUACGACCUAUUUGUCCAGUCCUAGCGUCGAAUACGCGCCGCCACCUCAGCGCGAUAUACCACCCCCCCCAUUUCGUUACCUGUCGCCGCCUCCCAGCUCUACCUCGACAAUGUAUUCGUCACCCCCUCGACCGGCACCUAGUCCCGCGCGCCAGGUUGAGGAUGUCCCAGCGCUGACGGCCUCCGCUGCCCACCCGGUUUUCCCGCACCCCCACGCGUUGUUCUCGCACCCCCAUCCGUACGUGUCGCAAUACGCGCCUGACGACGCGUAUCACCAGGCCUUGCAGCAAACUGGCCCCACGCCCCCACAUUCGCUCCCUCCUUCCUCUCCGUACUACUCACGCUAUCCGGCACCUUAUGGGUACCCGUACCCUUCACCUCUUGGGUAUGGGUUUCCCUGGGGUUACUCUCAACACCCGUACCUGCCCCCAGCUCGCGAACCCGUGGAGCGUCAUCGCUUGGCUCGAGAACGAUCUCGCCCGUACAGUUCGGCUAGCACAUCGCUACCUCGCCGACACACUGGGCCAAUGCGUUCGGUUCCCAUUUCCAAGACGCCGCCGCCUAGCUCCUCGCGCGACGACUCUGACCCUUUCCUUGGCCCCAGCGCUCAACGCGACGACCCCAACGCACCCAGCGAAAUCUUCGAUGGAGCCCCUCUCCCGGCGGCUGGGGCAACGCGAAUGGCAGAGCUCGUCGCCAUCUGCGACCGUGUGAACGCUGCGCUGCGGUACUUCAGUGCCGGGCGGUGCAUAAUCUGCUUUCUCAGAGGGAUCGACAACUGGAACGAGCAUCCUUUCGAUCGAUGCCCCGGCCCUAUCUGCUCUUUCGGCGACUGCGACUAUCACGAGUGGAAGACGAACGGGUGCCGACUCCCAUCCGGCUGGUGUUUUUACUGUCUCCGACCUCAGCACGCCCAAGGCGGUUAUCGCAUGCACGAGAGGACCAAGGCGGUAGCAGACUGCAAGGCUAAGGGGCUGAUCAAGGCAGCGUUGUAUGCCUUCUUCUCAGGCCAGGAGGGCAUGCCAUUGGUCAGCGACUGUUCAAUCAUCCCGCCCGACGUCGUUGCAAAGUCUCAUCGGGAUUCCUUGUUCAAGUGGGCCUUGGCCAACGUCUCGAAUCCCGCGGAUCUGAAGAUGAAGAACCAUCUUCUUGUGUUUCACUGGCUUGUCGAGCAACAGGCGCGCAUCAUGGGUAUGUAA